UCCCGGAAAGACUUGAUAAUAUUUUAUCAGUUAAAGGAUUUAACCGAGUGCGAUGAAAUAACAGGUAUCUAGCAUCAUCUUUCGGGGAAUUGAUCCUGUGAUCGAGUAGUUGUGUUUUGUAGUUUCAGUGAAUUCAAGGAACUUUUCAGUAGCCAAAGAACUUCCGCGUAUGGGAAACUGCUAACGAAUUGAGCCGAUUUCAUUGCGUUUGAUUCCACGCUACGCCAAGGAUUUCCUCGGGAAUCUUUAACAAGUUUGGAGUUGGCUAAGCUUAUUAGAAAUCAUGGAAUUGAAGCAAGUCGGGAAAGGCAAAGACGAUGUUUGUCCCUUGAUUAACUUCCCAUGGCGGAAGAAAAGAGGUGCCGCAGAUAGUCAAUGUAUUGCAGUAAAAACCAUAACAGUAAAUGUUAGCAGACAAGCUCAAGAUGACAAGAAAUUGGAAUGGAAGGAUUUCGCUUGUGAAGUUGUACAGGAUACCAAAAACAGCCCUUGCCCUCUGUAUCGAGAAUAUGAUCCUGCCAACUUUCUGGUAGUCCACUUUAGUCCUUCAACGCGGUUUGAUGCCGUGUCGAAGUUUCUUACACACGGCGUCAUUCUUAGAUACAAAGAUUUUACUGAAGAGAGAUUCUUAUUCUUUGGCCACAGUGCCAGUCAGCUCAGAGAAAGAACUUGUGUUCUUUACAACGAGAAGCAAGGUAGUGUGACGGAGAUCUUGAGCCGUUUUGGGAACUUUGAGAAAAUUCAAGAUGUUGCCAAAAGAGCUGCUAGAGUCGGAUUGCUGUUCUCGACUGCAAAGCCUGCGUGCAGUAUUCCUGAAGAUCAAAUAGGCGUUGUAGAUGACGUGGAACGAGACAAGUACAAUUUUACAGAUGGAUGUGGUUUUAUAUCAACUAAAUGUGCAUUGAAAGUGACUGAGAGUUUGAACCUGGAAACUUUGUACGAAGGCAUCAAGUCACCGGCGAUACCGUCGGUAUUUCAGAUCCGCCUGAAGGGAUGCAAAGGAGUACUAUGUCACAAUGAUUGCUUGGAAGAGGGAAUCCAAAUCCGCCCUUCGAUGGAGAAAUUUACGUGGAAGCUUUCAGGACCCCAUCUCCUUGGCAUCGUCGACAAGGGCUUCUCGAGGCCGAAUGAAAUUGGUUCGUUGAACAAACAGUACAUCAUGCUUUUAUCAGCGCUUGGUAUUUCCGAUGAGGUCUUCCUAAAAAAGCAAGAACAGUACUUCCAGGAACUUAAAGAGAUUACCACAGCCCAUGAAGUUGCUUUUAAGUUCUUGUGCGUUAAUGAAGAGUUUGAACUAGCGGAGAAUUUGUUAAAGACAGGAAAAAUAGACCCCAAAACUGAGCAACGACUUAUAAAAUUGCGCAACCGGGUCAGGGAACCUCAGAGACCCAAAUCGAAUCCACUGCACAAAACUAAAAAGUCUGCUGCGUUGAAGCUAAAAAUUCCCAUUGAGAAAUCGAGGAAUGUUUACGGCGUUUGCGAUCCAUCAGGGCAGUUGAGAGCCACAACGGUCUUCUUUCAGCCAACGAUACGAGGAAGCCCCAAGAUCUUAACAGAAACACGCGUGGUGGUGGUUAAAAAUCCUUGCUAUCACCCAGGCGAUAUCCGGGUUUUGCGAUGCACCGACAUUCCUGAAUGCCAUCAUCUUGUAGACUGCAUUGUUUUUCCAACACAAGGAAGUCGUCCACAUCCCGAUGAGAUCGCUGGAAGUGAUCUUGAUGGGGACAAAUUCUUCGUUUGCUGGGAUGAAGAACUCGUUCCGAAAAAAGGAACAGAGCCAAGCCAAUAUCCUGCAGCUAAACCUGCUAAAAGACCAAAUCCCACGCAAGAUGAUUUUCUGAAGUAUUUUGCCAAAUACAGUAACGCUGUUGUUGGCAAGCUGGACAAUUUGUUUGACAAAUGGGCGGAUAGCAAAGGAAUCAACUCUGCAGAAUGUAAGAUUGUCGCAGCCUUGUUCUCUCGUGCUAUUGACGCUGCUAAAACUGGCGAGAAAGUGAUAAUCCCGCCACAUAUUUUGCAAGCUCCGACAAAGGAUGAAAAAAAUGAAGAAUUCGUCUGGCAAAAAUUGUACCAAGGAGCAAUGUUGUUCGAAAGCGACCAGAUGAUAGAAAAUGUUGUAACUGGAAAGCUGGAGGAUUUUGAGGAGGAAGACAUGCUUGCUUUGUUAUCCAACCAAGAGUCACGGCUUAGUGAGUACAGAUUGUUUCGGUAUCUCUACAAGUGGUGCCUGCAACCCAACAAGGAAAGAUGCAUUGAAGAGUACAUUCACCUGAUUGAUUUCUCCCGGUUUAGUUGGGAACAAUGCACACGUCUACCAGCAGACAUUCCAAAGGCGGAUCUAGAGUCCCUUCUUAAUCCCCUUCACCAAUCCCGAAUUCUUUCUAGAGACGACAUCGAAACUAUCAAAGUUACACGUGGCCAUAAGAAGCACUGGCGUCUUCUGUACAGAACUGAGGGUGAAGAAUUGUCUUGGAAGGUACUUCACAAUAUCCUGAUCUCGUUCCUUGAAAAACUGCUCGUAUUCAAAUUUUUGCUUGGAGAUAUACAGUGGGUCAUUUCUUUGGCGAUGUCAGUUCCACUAAACCUUUGUGAAGUGCUGACUCUAGAUGAGGGGGAAAACGUUGCUCAGGCCUUUUGUUCAGUGCAUGUUCAGUCAUCAGAGAGACAUUUUCUACAGCUAAAUGCAGGCUACAGUUUUGCUUUGGAUGGUCGACGACUCGACAUCUACACAGGAAAGAAACAGAACACGUUUAUCUGUUUAAAGGAAGAUGAAAAUGAUCGUGCACCUAUCAUGAGUGUGGCUCUUGAUCGUUUUAAGUCGAGUUUGCCGCGAGAUUUUCAAACUCGACUUCGAAGAGAGAAGUUGCUUGAGUUGGAAGCUUUCUGUGUUUAUGAUCAUUUCGAUCCUGGUCACAAGAUUCAGAAACUUUCCUCAAAACAAGCCGUUGGAAAUGCGGACUCACUUGAAGGUGAAUCAAACAUCCAAACACCGUAUGGAAGUAAUGAAAAGCAGGAAGAAUUUGUCUACCACAGGGGUGAUUUCCCAGACCUUCAAUGUGACCCUGAAGAGUCGGUUAGUGAUUUGGACAGAAAUAUCAUAAGAGUUCAAGACCUGCUGGAAAGGGGAUGUUUACAAACUAGUCAUUUGGAAGAAAUGUGCGAAAGAAUGACUUCUUCAUCUGACGAAAAGGAGAAGCAUCACAUAGCUUGCCAUUUGGAGUCCGUUCUUUGGCGGUCCUCUCCAGAUAUUUCAUUAGGGACACCUGAUCAUUACAAAAAUCUCCUAAUCUGUUUGCUUAGCGGGCUACAGGAACUCAAUCUUGACGUUGUCCUCGGCGAGAAUGUUCACAUCACGCUUCUCACACGAUUUAAGCGAUGUCUCGAGUCUUUAUGGAAAAGACAGGUCAUUUUCAGUGUCGAUCAAAUGUAUGAGGUAUUCGAUGCUGUGCUUCUUGGAAAUGACUAUUCCACCGGAUGCCGUGUUGUUCAAGUCAUGUGCAAAGGUCAUCUGCCCUUGGAAGGCUUCACUUGCCACCCAAAUGCCUUACCGUACUUUCUGCACUGGAAUUCUCUAAUAACUUUAGAGUCACUGGAGGAGGUGCAGCAAGCAGUUAUAGCAUCUCAAGGAGUCUACUCACCUCACCGUAUCACGGCUGAAGCUACUCCAUGCAGUGAACAAGAACUAAAAUUUACACUGGUAAUUACAAGAGGUACUCAAUCAUUCCGUGUGCGAGACGGCGUGGCCCUCAGUCGAUCAGAUAUUUCUAAACGUGAAUACAUUGGUGAAGUGGCAGAAAUCUGUGGAACAAUAUUAACAGUUGAUAUAGUCUGGCCCACAAGUUCAGAUGACUCUUCAAGGGAAAACAUUCUUAAAGGAAGUUGGUAUCUUUACAAAUUUCCUAGUCUUGUUGGAUACAGACGCACUUCAGCAGCACUGAAAGCUCUUCAAGGCGCAACGAAAUAUGGGCAGAACGUUUUUGAAGGAAUUGUCGGCAGUUUCUGUGUUGACGACCUAUCAAGUCAAGAUUCAAGGAAGCAAGUAGAUGAAAACUCUACAACGGAGAUUGCUCCAAGUGUCGUGAGAACAGACGGAGAAACCAGAACUUUUUCAUCGGCCGAUUCCUUCUCAAAGUGGUCUGGUAACAAAAGUCAAAAUGCAGCUGUUCAGGAUGCCACUUGCACUGACGCCUUCAUAACCCUUAUACAGGGGCCUCCGGGCUCUGGAAAGACCAUCACGAGCGCAGAGAUUGUGAAACGCUGGCUUCUUAGCAGCCAUGACAAAGUUCUUCUUGUAGCUGAGACAAAUGAGGGUGUCGACAACCUCUUAAAGAAGCUUUUGGACCACGGCUUACAAAAUGAGGAGAUUGUUCGCUUUGGAAGCUCUGGGUGGAAAGUGUCCAAGGACAUAAAUCAUUUGACCUUUGAGUUUAAAUACUCGCAAAUAAAGUCUGGAAAGAAAGACCCCAAUGGCCGAAUCGACAAAAAAGUGGCAAGGAAGAUUCUGGAAAGUUGCAAAAUUGUUUGCACUACUCUUAUAAGUGCGGGUUCGUCCUUACUUGAUGAGUUCGUGUUCAAGCGAGUUUUGGUCGAUGAGGCCUCACAGGCUACCGAACCAGCAAUCCUUGUUCCUCUUUCACAUGGCUGCGAGAAGCUUGUAUUAGUGGGAGAUGAUCAGCAGCUUCCUCCCAUGGUGCUAAGCAAGUUUGCUAAAGGUCCAGACCUGCUGACAUGUUCCAUGUUCUCACGGCUUCGCCAAGUGGGAGUUCCUGUACGCAUGCUCAGUAUUCAAUACAGAAUGCACCCAUCCAUAGCGCGGUUUCCAUCAUGUCAAUUUUAUGAUGAUAAGCUUAAGGAUGGUGUGACUGAGUCGGAGAGGAAAGCCCCUGUCGGAUUCAUAUGGCCAAACGAGAAGAUGCCUGUAGCACUCCUUAACACGCCACAUUCGGCAAUGGAAAAGAGCAAGGGGUCGUCCAAGUCCAACGAUUUUGAGGCCGGACUAGUGUGUGGAGUGGUCAGUGAUCUUCUCGGGGCAGGAGACGUGACUAGUGACGGGAUAGGUGUAAUUACACCCUACCAAGCGCAGCUUAAGUUGAUCUUGGAUAAGAUGAAACAAAAAAAUCUUGGAAAUGUCUCAGUCAGAACAGUGGAUGGAUUCCAGGGACAAGAACGUGACGUUAUCGUGUUCUCCGCCGUACGUUGCAACGAGCACGGGUUCAUCGGUUUUUUGAAUGACGAUAAACGAAUGAACGUACUUUUGACUCGAGCCCGUAGAGGAAUGAUAGUGAUUGGAAACAAGAAGACCCUUGAACAUUGUGAAUUAUGGAAAGCGUGGAUCAACUGGGUUGACGAGAAUAAACUAGCUCGUGACUGUCCCCAAGAAAACGUGACAGAGUCACCAAGUCCUACCAAAAGUUCAUCAGUGAGAAGAGGAAGAGGAGGCCGCGGUGCUUCACGGCGAGGGCUGGGGAGAGGGAGACGGAGCGGGGCUAAAGAAACAUCUAGUGCCAGUUCUCGCUCAGAAAAAUCUUAAAUUAGGAAAAUCUGCAAGGCUAUAGUUUGGAGGACAA